UCGACCCACCUUCCCUUCCCUUCCCUCGCCGCCUUGAGCCCCUGACCGAGCGUUCGAUCGGGUGUGUGUGAUGACGAUCGAGCUGCAGACGAGGCCGACGUCGCUCCCGGCGCCGGCGGGCACGGGGCUGCCGCCGGGGUUCCGGUUCUACCCGACGGACGAGGAGCUGAUCGUGCACUACCUCCGCAGGCGCGCGGCCGCGGCGCCGUGCCCGGCGGCCGUCAUCGCGGAGGUGGACAUCUACAAGCUGGACCCGUGGGAGCUGCCGUCCCGCGCGGUGUUCGAGGGCGACAACGACGAGUGGUACUUCUUCAGCCCCCGCGACCGCAAGUACCCCAACGGCGUCCGCCCCAACCGCGCCGCCGGGUCGGGCUACUGGAAGGCCACCGGCACCGACAAGCCCAUCACGGCCGGCGGCGUGCCCGGCGGCGAGAUGGUCGGCGUCAAGAAGGCGCUCGUGUUCUACCAGGGCCGUCCGCCCAAGGGGCACAAGACGAACUGGAUCAUGCACGAGUACCGCCUCGCCGACGCCCACGCCGCCGCCGCCGCCGCCGCGCACACAUACCGGCCCCCCACGCGGUUCAAGGCCUCGUCCUCCAUGAGGCUGGAUGAUUGGGUGCUGUGCAGGAUCUACAAGAAGCCCAACCCGCAGCAGCUGUCGCCCUUCUACGAGCCGUCGCCGUCGCCGUCGUCCAUGGACGCCACCCUCGGCCUCGGCCACGGCCACCACCACCACCAGCAGCAGCAGCAGCAGCAGCAACAUCAGCAGCAAGAGGACACCUCCUCCUCCUCCCGGAUGCUGCCGAGGAACCCGUCCAUCUCCGACUACCUCGUGGACUACUCAGCCGUCUCGGAGCUCUUCGACAGCAUGCCGCCGCCACAGCCGGAGAUUGCAACCUCCGUCGGCCAGUUCUUCCUCGGCACCACUGCUGGGGCCAGCGACGGCGAGGCCAGCACGGCGCGGAAGAGGCAGGCGACGGCGGACAGCAAUAACGAUGGUGAAAUGUCGUCGUUGCACGCUUCCAAGAGGUGGUUGGGUAGCGAUGGGUCCAUGACGAUGAUGAACGGCGGCUUCUCCAUAUUUGGGCCAGACCAGCCUUCCCAGCAGGACAGGAUAUGAUCCAUGCAUGCUACCUUGAUAAUUAGGGCUAGGAGAAAGCUAGCUAGCGAUUUGACUGCAGACAUAUUAAUCAAUUAUUCACUAUUGAUGCCGGUCGAUCAAUGGAUCGAGGGGGAUAUUACUCAUGCAUAAUUUGUAGAUCAGGCUAAAUUAGUACCGUAUAUUGUGUAAAGUUAAUUGAUUAGUGUAAGAUAUUAUAGGCCGGAGUAGAAGAAGAACACAAUUAUGUCACAAGAUAGGUAGAACUGAUUGUAGAUGCAUGUUUAACUUGUGUGUAUAUGUAUGUAUAUGUAGGGUGAACUAGGAUGUAAAUUGUGAACAUUCAUUGAAUAAAAUUCGUAUUAGUUUAAAAUUA